AUGGCUAAGAGAAGGCUGGAUACCACGUUGAAGAAGGUAAACAAAAAUGGAUAUCUUGAAGCCUACGGCCAAAUAUUCAAAGAGUGGCUGGAUGAAAAUAUAAUUGAGGAAGUGCUCGAGGAGCAGCCGAACCAAGAAGGUCAUUAUUUACCCCACAGGCCGCUAAUUAAGCCUAAUAGCGCGUCCACAAAAAUCAGACCAGUUUUUGACGCUUCAGCAAAAGAAAAAGACAAACCUUCUUUAAACCAGUGCCCUGAAAAGGGGGUUAACUUAAUUGAAUUGUUUCCUGCUAUUUUAUUAAGAUUCAGACGACAAGAAAUCGGUGUAAUCUCAGAUAUUCGCAAAGCCUUUUUACAGAUUGGGAUACACAAAGCUGACAGAGAUUUUCUUCGUUUUCUUUGGAUAGAUGAUGCAGGAAAAGAAAAGGUGUACCGCCACUGUCGUGUGGUAUUCGGGAUCAGCAGUCCGUUUUUAUUGGGAGCUUCACUAGAACAUAAUUUUUCCUUGAUGUUAAGAAAAUGUGCGCAAAAACUGCUGAAUGUUUCGGAAGACACUAUUUUAAAAUUGUCGCAUAGUUUUUACGUUGACAAUUGCGUCACUAGUGUUGCUAGUGAACAGGAACUUGUUGCUGUGUUUGAUCCUAUUGGGUAUUCUUGUCCAACCACGUUAAUUCCGAAGUUGUUAUUGCAGAAGACAUGGAAAGAACAACUGCUGAAACCUCUAUACUCUGGGUAUAGAGAUUUUUGA